AUGGGCUGCACCUCUGCAAUUGUCUUCACUUGCUUCGGAGCCGCGUACGGAACUGCAAAGUCCGGUGUGGGUAUCUCAGCCAUGGGUGUCCUCCGACCAGACUUGAUCGUCAAGAACAUUGUCCCCGUCAUCAUGGCUGGUAUCAUUGGUAUCUACGGCCUGGUCGUGUCAGUCUUGAUUUCCGAUGGCCUGUCACAGAAGGUUUCCUUGUUCACCAGCUUCAUCCAACUCGGCGCUGGUCUGUCGGUCGGUCUCGCCGGUCUCGCUGCUGGCUUCGCCAUCGGCAUUGUCGGUGACGCUGGUGUCCGAGGCACUGCUCAGCAACCUCGACUUUUCGUCGGCAUGAUUCUCAUCCUCAUUUUCGCCGAAGUGUUGGGUCUUUACGGACUGAUCGUUGCCUUGUUGAUGAACUCUAAGGCCUCGACCGAUGUCGUCUGCUAG